AUCACGGUGAGACGACACACUGACCCGAGUCUCUGAAGAUCACGGUGAGACGACACACUGACCCGAGUCUCUGAAGAUCACGGUGAGACGACACACUGACCCGAGUCUCUAAAGAUCACGGUGAGACGACACACUGACCCGAGUCUCUGAAGAUCACGGUGAGACGACACACUGACCCGAGUCUCUGAAGAUCACGGUGAGACGACACACCCUCAAAUUUUGGAAGUGUUUUUUCCGGAGGUAACACUCCCAGCCCCAGCAUGACACGUAAGGUUCUCAGUAACACUCGCGAGCGCUGGCGUCAGCAGAGCGUAAACACAGCAUUUGCAGAACUCCGGAAGCUCAUCCCAACUCAUCCUCCUGAGAAGAAGCUGAGCAAGAACGAGAUCCUGAGACUGGCCAUGCGGUACAUCACCUUCCUGCUGACGCUGCUGGAGAACCAGAGCCAUGGGGUGAUGGAACACUCGCCCUCCAGCCUUAUCACACUCAUCACGGGGAACAUGAGGAACCUGAGCUCACAUACGGAAACACCCUCACCUGGAUCCAGCAGCGACGGGGCAGAGACCUGGUAGAACCACCAGUGCCGCCUGGAGAACUUACAGAACCUGCUACAGCUACACUGUCUGGAAAAAAACUGCACUGAUGACACAGGAUCUAGAUCCAGUGUAUUAACUUCACUCUGUGCUGUAACUACUCUAGAACCGUUUAUACUUUCCAGAACAUCUCUGCAGAACUCACACAAAUCAAUCAAUCUAGAACCUCUGCAGGAGCUGCAUGAAUCUUCUACACCAAGAAUCUAGAACCUCUGCUGUUGCUUUAACGUCAUAAAGACAUUUGAAACGAACACGGAGCCAGUAUGUUCACGGGAACAAUCUAGAACUCCUGCAGGUCUGGACCCUCACAAACUAAAGCCUCGGUUCUUCACCGAAUCUAGAACCUCCUCUUGUGAAGUCACACAAAAUCCAGAAGCUCUAGCACUCUACAAAGAGAAGAUUCUAGAACCCCUGUUGAAUAAGGAGGGAUCUAGAUCCAGUGCUAGAACUGUAACCUCUACAGUCUAGAACGUUCUGUAAACCCUCAUGAUCAUGUAGCCGCAGCGUCGGAGAACCUUCAGAACACAGACAUGUAGAAUUUUUGACUCUACAUCAGGUUUAAAUCCGACCCCUGGUCCGAUCUGCUCCUCCCACAGCGUUUAGAGCGUUAGUUAGUAUUUAUGACUUUUAUUUAUUCUAAUUAUGACUUUUUUUUAUUGUAUUAAAGAAAAUAUUUCAUUCAUGACUUUUUAAAAACCAUUUCUGUUUUUCUUUGUAAAGCUAAAUUAUUUAUCUGUAUUUAUUCCUGUCUCCUAUUUAAGCCCAUCAUCCUCA